GCAGCAUCCUAUUGUAAGUGGAUGAUGGCGGAGCUGGCUGCCUUGUCGUCGUUCUCGAAAUUUCUGUGGCCAGUGAACUCCCUCUUCCUCUCCCACUCACCCUCUAUUCCUUCUCACCACUGCGGGGACUUCUCCUGAUUUGCAGUUUUCCUUUUCCUGACGUACACAUGGUAGAUACGAGCUGGUGGCUUGCAGACUGCGUCUGUCUGGAGAUAGGCAGCGAACCGAUGGAUAACAACACUCCGGGAGAAUGAUUAUGCAGCAAUUUAAGGAUAGGCUUUUGUGGUAUGGCAGCAUAUGAGCUGCAGAUUCUUCAGUGUAUAGUCUUGGACGCAGCGUGCUGAUUGGAAUCUUCUUGUUCAGAGAUCGGAAAGGAACAGAGGGUUUCCCUUGUUUAACAAUCAGACGCAGCAUUCUGUCAUCUGCAUACCCAGGCCAAGCGCUGAAGGCAAGGAGCCAUGGCCGAGGAUAGGAAAGAUGAAGCCAAGGCACCACACUGGACUUCAGGUCAGCUAACAGAGGCUUCUUCACACCCACAUUCACCUGAAAUUAAGGAUCAGGGUGGCGCAAGUGCUGGACUGGUCAGAAGUGCCAAUGGAUUUCCGUACCGGGAGGAUGAGGAGCUGAGGCUGGGCAGCCAUGAGCAGCCAGGGACGUAUGCUCAGACCAAAGAGAAUGGCAUCAACGGAGAGUUGUCAUCAGGGAACAGGGAGACUGCAGAAGAAGUGUCUGCAAGGAUAGUACAAGUAGUAACAGCUGAAGCUGUAGCGGUCCUGAAAGGUGAACAGGAAAAAGAAGCCCAGCACAAAGAUCAGCCUGGAUCACUACCUUUAGCAGUUGAAGAGUCAGCCAACCUGCCUCCUUCCCCACCUCCAUCACCAGCUUCUGAGCAGACUGGAGUUCUGGAGGAAGAUUUACUUGCAGCCACGAAGAUGGAAUUCCGUCUCCAGGAGGGCACAUGCCCUUUUGCAGCAGAACCAUUAGACACAAAGCAACGUGAAUCUGGGAAAGAAAGUAAGACUGUUGAGCAACCUAAAUAUGAUGCCUUAGUCCCACAGUCAGCAAAAACAGAGGCUGCAGAUAAAAAGGAUUCAGAGAGCAAAGACAAAGUGCUUUCACCUCCAUCAGAAUGGAUCUUGAAAACUGAUUCGCAGAAGAAAGGGGAAGCCAGUUUUGCCGAAUCUGCUGCUAAGCCUCCUGCACCUCAAGAGCAAGAGCACUUGUCAUCUCAACUGCCUGGAGAGAGCAGGGUGGAGGAAAGGACUGCAGCUGUGCCCUCAUCAACCGACCAAGUUAUGGCUAUCAAAUCUCAAGACAACCUCAAAGAUAUCCAAGGUGGUGCCAUCAGCCAUGGUGAAAGUUUUCUGUUGCUAUCAGAACCCAAGGCAGAAGCAGCCAAAAGGGAACUUCCUUCAGGCCCAUCUCCUGCUCUCCCCCAGGAGCUUUCACUCAAAGACAGUUUCAAAAUACAUCAGGAACUUGCUGACCAACUGUUUGCCAAAGAUCUCAGUAAAGAUGUACAGAUCCACAGAGACAGGACAUUUUCUCUACCAGAAGUCUCAGCAGUCACUAUAGAUGGAUUGAAAACGCCAAGCACCCCAAAAAUCCCUCCAUGGGGAGAAGAAAAGGACAUGACUAAGGAUGAGAGCGAUGAGGAAGAAAGGUAUGGCUUCUUUGAUAAAGGGGAGGCUCGAAUAUUAGAGGAUGGUAAAAUUACCACAAAGUCAGAAGUUAAGACACCUUCCCUAGAAAAAACAGACUUUCAAAAGGAUGGUGAAGCUAAAAAGUCACCUGAUACUCUCAAAGCAGAAAAAGAAACGGACCAAAGUGGGCUCUUAGCAGCAGCAGAUGUGAAAAAGGAGGUGCAGCAAAGCACACAGGUACCCCCAGCUAAGUUAAGUCAUGAACUGACCCCUGAGAAAACAAUAGAGCACCCUGAUACCACUCAGUUAUCCAGAGUAACAGAGAAAGCUCCUGAGGCACCAGGCUUAACCACUGAGAAGACUCCUGAAGCUUCUCAAGAGAAAGAUGUUAAAAAAGAUACUGAGGAGGAUAAGACAAGUGUUUCAGCUCCUCAUCAAAUGAAAGAAGAGGAGGAUCAGUCAGGAAUGUCAAAGUAUUUUGAAACCUCUGCUCUGAAAGAGGAAGCCUUCAAAGCAGAUGGUCUGAAACAAAGCAGUGAUUACUAUGAGCUGAGUGACACUAAAGAGAGUAAAUAUGAUCCCUAUCAGAGAGGUCAUCUAAUACCUGAAGACGAAGAAGAGGAGGAAGAGGAAGAAUUCAAUCAGCAGCAGAAUCUGCAUACUCGUGAGAUGGGCUACAGUACCCUGGCUCAGAGCUAUGCACCAGACACUUCUGAAGAACCGAGCUCUCCAACAGAAAGAAUGUUCACUAUUGACCCCAAAGUCUACGGGGAUAAGAGAGAACUUCACAGUAAAAAUAAAGAUGACCUAACUCUGAGCAGGAGCCUGGGACUUGGGGGGAGAUCUGCAAUUGAACAGAGAAGUAUGUCUAUUAACUUGCCCAUGUCCUGUCUGGAUUCAAUAGCUCUAGGAUUUAGUUUUGGUCGUGCACAUGAUCUUUCUCCCCUCGCUUCAGAUAUUCUAACUAACACUAGUGGAAGUAUGGAUGAAGGUGAUGACUACUUGCCAGCAACCACACCAGCAGUGGAGAAGGCCCCCUGCUUCCCCAUUGAGAGUAGAGAGGAAGAUGAGCACAUAGAAGAAGAAAAAGUAACGGUGGAAGAAAAAGGCCAGCCUGAGACCUUGGCUGAACCACCUUUCCAGGCCAAAGAUUACUACAAGAAUGGGGCUGUCCUGGCUCCUGACCUGCCUGAAAUGUUAGACUUGGCAGGGACAAGAUCUAGAUUAGCCUCUGUGAGUGCAGAUGCUGAGGUGGCACAGAAGAAGUCAGUUCCUUCUGACACUGUGGUGGAAGACAGCAGCACAACCCUGCCACCUGUGACAAAUGAAAACCAUGUCAUUCUAAAAGCUGAAAGUCAGCUGGAAGACUUGGGCUACUGUGUUUUCAAUAAGUACACAGUACCACUCCCUUCUCCAGUUCAGGACAGUGAGAAUUUAACAAGUGAAACCUGCCCCUUCUACGAAGGCACAGAUGAAAAACUGAGACGUGGCCUCGCUCCUGACUUGUCUUUAAUAGAAGUGAAGCUGGCAGCUGCUGAAAAAUCAAAAGAAGACUUCCUCAGUGAAAAAGACUUAGGUCAGCAUGGUGAGUCCAUCCUAGUGAGGGGCUUUGAGGAGGAGAAAAAAGAGAAACUGGAUACUGUGCUAGAAAAAAGUGAAGAACAAAUUGACUCUAAAGAUGUUUGUCCCAUUAAAGGAGCAGAACCAGAGAAGACAAGAGCUGAGGCAAUGUUAGGAAGGAAGGAAGAAAGUGUGGCUAGUAAAGUUCAUUUACCUGCUGAUACAGUGUAUGACAGAAUUUCUGCUUCAGAGCUAGCAAUAGAAAAGGAUUCUGUUUGUUUGUUGAUGGAGAAGGAGAAGACUCUCAGUGUUGUUCCUGAAAUAGCUGAGAUAGAAGCUCCAGUUAAACCAGAUUACAAUGCUAUUAAGCACGAUAUGGAGGUGGCUGCCAGGAGAGCUGACCAAGAAUAUCAGAGUAAGUUAGACACUAAGAUUAGUGAGGUUGUUUCACUUCCUUCAGGGAAGGACAAAGCCUCUCUUAAAAAAGCAGAGCCUGAACCCAAAGACAGUCAGCAGAAAGAGGAGGCCCUCUUCUCCAGAGAAGCAAAGGAUGCAGAUAUACUUUCCAAGACCGAGCCUAGUUAUAUGAAGGACAGCAGCAAACUGUCAGAAACAGAAAUUAAGGAAAAAGUACCCAAGCCAGAUCUGGUACAUCAAGAGGCAGUUGAUAAGGAGGAAUCUUAUGAAUCUAGUGGAGAGCAUGAUCAAACCCAAGAAGGUUUGAAUGGAGAAUCUGUGAAACCAGAGGAUAUCAAAGCAGAACAUCCCAAACCUCCCGUGUCUGGGGAGGAGAUGCCUACACAGUUACCAGCUCAGGAGACUUCUGUGGAGCUCCUCUUUCCAAAAGCUGAGCCUCUCCGGGAGGAACCUGCUGAGAUUCAGAUGGAGAGCAUACCACAACCUACUGAAGGAGCUGAAGAGACUCUUGAUACAGCUGUGAAACCUCUGGAAACCCAAAAGCUGCUGCCAUGUGAACUGGCAGCUGGGGCCCCGAAAGGGGAAGAAUAUGAGGAAGAAGAGGUGGAAGCAGGGCAGGAAGCGAAAGAAGAGGAUAAAGAGCAUCUCAUAUCAGAAAUGCCCCCAGACUUUGGCAAGCCUGCUGCAGAAGAAAUGGGAGCCAAGGGUAGCCCAGAAGCACUGCCUGAACUGAAAGGCAUUAUUGAGUCAGUGGUGACAGUGGAGGAUGACUUCAUCACUGUGGUGCAGACAACAGUUGAUGAGGGCGAAUCUGCUUCUCACAGUGUGCGCUUCGCUGCUACUCAGCAGGAGGACAUUGAGACAGGAGACUCCCAGGCUGAGGAGGAGCUGGAUGUUGAAGAAGUGGAAGCUGAGCCCAAGGAAGGCUCCCGAGAGGCUCCUGCUUCACCCCAGAGAGAAGAAAUCCUGCUCACUAACUACAAAACAGAGACGUGUGAUGAUUACAAAGAUGAAACAACAAUUGAUGACUCCAUCAUGGACACAGACAGUCUCUGGGCAGACACUCAAGAUGAUGAUAGGAGCAUCAUGACUGAACAGUUAGAGACUGUUCCUAAAGAGGAGAAAGCAGAGAGAGAAUUGCGAAGAUCAUCUCUUGAUAAGCAUAAAAAAGAGAAACCUUUUAAAACUGGGAGAGGCAGGAUUUCUACUCCUGAAAGGAAAAUAGCUAAAAAGGAACCUAGCACCCUCUCCAGAGAUGAAGUGAGAAGGAAAAAAGCAGUGUAUAAGAAAGCUGAACUUGCUAAAAAAACUGAAGUUCAGGCCCACUCUCCCUCCAGGAAAAUAAUUUUAAAACCUGCUAUCAAAUAUACUAGACCAACUCAUCUCUCCUGUGUUAAACGGAAGCAGACAGCAGCAGGUGGUGAAACAAACCAGGCUCCUGCUGUAUUUAAACAAGCAAAGGAAAAACUCUCAACUGCUUCUUUGUCAAAGAUUCCUGCCUCAAAGUCUAGAGCAAAGUCAUUGCUUCCUCCAAGACCCAGCUCAGCUUGCUCAUUAACCACUAAAAGGGCCACAUUUCUCGAUACAGACAAUUAUUUUGUUCGGCCCUCCUCUGCAGGCCCAAGAGACUCAAAAUCAGAUGCUAAGGAUGGAGUAAGUAAGAGCCCUGAGAAGCGCUCAUCUCUACCAAGACCUUCCUCAAUCCUCCCUCCUCGACGGGGUGUGUCAGGAGACCGGGACAGAGAGGAGAACUCCCUCUCCCUCACAGCUUCUCUUUCCUCUUCAGUACGACGGACUACCCGAUCAGAGCCAAUUCGUAGCAGAACGGGAAAAAGUGGAACUUCUACCCCCACCACUCCUGGCUCCACUGCCAUCACUCCAGGGACACCACCAAGCUAUGCCUCCCGUACCCCAGGCACUCCAGGGACACCCAGUUACUCCAGAACUCCCCACACUCCUGGGACCCCCAAAUCUGCAAUACUGGUACCCACUGAGAAAAAAGUUGCCAUAAUUCGCACUCCUCCUAAAUCUCCAGCCACUCCAAAGCAGCUACGAGUUAUUAAUCAGCCUCUACCUGACCUCAAGAAUGUCAGGUCCAAAAUUGGGUCAACAGAUAACAUCAAAUACCAGCCUAAAGGAGGGCAGGUUAGGAUUUUAAACAAGAAGAUCGAUUUUAGCGAUAUUCAGUCCCGGUGUGGUUCCAGAGAUAACAUCAAACAUUCUGCAGGGGGAGGAAAUGUACAAAUUGUAACCAAGAAGAUUGACUUGAGUCAUGUGACUUCCAAGUGUGGCUCGCUCAAGAAUAUCCACCACAAACCAGGAGGUGGGCGUGUGAAAAUUGAGAGUGUGAAACUGGAUUUCAAAGAAAAAGCUCAGGCUAAAGUUGGUUCACUGGAAAAUGCCCACCAUGUACCUGGUGGUGGAAACGUCAAGAUUGACAGCCAGAAGCUGAACUUCAGAGAGCACGCCAAGGCCCGUGUUGACCACGGGGCUGAGAUCAUCACGCAGUCACCGGGCAGGUCCAGCAUGGCCUCGCCGCGCCGCCUCAGCAACGUCUCCUCCUCUGGGAGCAUCAACCUCCUGGAAUCCCCCCAGCUUGCUACCCUUGCUGAAGAUGUCACAGCAGCCCUUGCCAAGCAGGGGUUAUGAAUUCGCUCAUUUUGCGUCCCAUGAAGUAAUAAUAUUUAGGCAUGAGCUCUUGGCAGGAAUGGGCUCAGAGCAGGUGUUACGUUCAUUCUUUACCAUGUCUAAAACUAAGUUACAUCCCAAGACUUGUAGUUAUCAUACAGUUAAAAAAAAAAAAAAAAAAACCCAGAAAAAAAAAUAAUUCCAUAGAUGCAGAAAUUGGCCUGACCUCCAUUUACAACAGGAAGACACUGGCUUUAUAUGGGUAUACAGCAGUAUGUUACAUUGGACAAUUGUUGUUGCUCUGCUCUGUCUUGCAUGGAGUACUGUGGUAUGAUAAAAUGCAUUUUUACCUUUCAUGUGCCUGAAGGCCAUCCACCUCUUUCUGAAGAGCCUUGUUAAUAUCCCAAGUUGCUCAUUUCACAGUUCUUUUGAUAGAUGGGGAAAUAAAAAAAGAGAAGUUGCCCAUUGUAAGUUAUUACAGGUUAAAUUAACAGUCUGCUUACCAGAAGGAAGGGCAUAUAGGGAAAUUCAACUUUAAUUUAAAAACAAAAAAAAAAAGUUACUUUGUAUAAAUGAGUAGAACAAAAGUUGCAUUAAGUUAUUAACAUUUUUUGAACCUGGUUAAUUAUGUCAGUGUAUAGCUGGAAAGCCAAUAAAUUAUUUAACUAAUAACUAAAAAUACUAGCUGAAAACAUUUGAAUUGUGCUUUGGGAAAUGAUGUAAAAAAGCUGCUGAAAGCAAGCACUCAUACCCCAACAGACUUGUGUCUGAUUAGAAAAGUUGGUUAAGCAGCUAGAUUUGUGUGCAUACCACCAGUUUCACAUUCUUUCCAUCUGUUUGAUACAGUAUUAUAGAUAUAUAUAUUUCUCUGUGGCCAUUUGUGAUACGCCCUCCUCAUAUACUUGAAUAUUCUACUUCUUUAUUCACAGUAUCUGUGUCUCUUGCACCCUUUGGUGUUGCAAUUUUAGGUAUGUAAAAGUAGAUGUUAGCAGGGGGUUUUUUCCCUAUUCAUAAGAAUACAUUUAAAAAAGAUGAAAAUUGUAGCAUGAAGUUGCUUUCUGUAACAACUAAAAGCCGUGACCCUGUUUUAGUGACAGAUGCAAGUCUAUUCUGUGAUGCUAGAAAAAGGAUUCCUUCCUUCUUCCCUUCCCUCCCUUUCUUCACAAAGGAAUGAUUUUUGUGGGGUCCAGAUGUUUGUAAAAGGGUCUCCAAAGAAGGCUGAGUUUGGACUAUGGAUUUUUAAAAAAUCCACAUAGUUUGAUUAUUUUCUUUCUUUCUUUCUUUCUUUCUUUCUUUCUUUCUUUCUUUCUUUCUUUCUUUCUUUCUUUCUUUCUUUCUUUCUUUCUUUCUUUCUUUCUUUCUUUCUUUCUUUCUUUCUUUCUUUCUUUUUUUUCUUUUCUUUCUUUUUCUCUCUUUCUUUCUUUCUUUCUUUCUUUCUUUCUUUCUUUCUUUCUUUCUUUCUUUCUUUCUUUCUUUCUUUUCCUUUCUUUCUUGUCUUUUUUUUUCAUUCCCACAAUAACGAUGAAUGUUUGAUUUAUUGUUUUUCUUUUGCUAAAGUUGAAACACAGAAAAAAAUAUUAAGAUGUUGUUUCCACUCCUUUAGUGAUGUCUCACAUGUACACUCAGGCACUCAGAUAACAGUGAUCUCAUAGCAGAGAUGCCUGUAAUUACAAUUAAUGAAUAAAUAAAAAUGAGCUCCCUAGACUGGUUGUCAUAGUGAUGCAUCAAUUAAAUAGGGCAUCUUAAAAUCUGAGCAAAGUGGGAUUAUAUUGACUAUAAAAAGUAUAAGAAAAAGUGUGCAUGAAAGAUAAAAGGCAGAUACACAACCAACCAAUCUAGUGGAGUUACCUGAGAGAACACUGGUGAGGGGAUGAUCCUCAGCAGCACAUAAUCACUGAUGCCCUAUGUACAUGAGACAUUAUGAAAUGACCAGUUUACAUUCUUGCAGAUUGUUUUAUCUUUUCCUUUUGAAACCUCGUAACUGAACUUUGCACUGUCAGUUGAGCUAUACUUGAUCUAUGUAUUAGGUUAAUGAUGUGUUUUGGAAACUUCUGAUCUGUUCUUUUUCCUUCUUAAUUUUUAUGUGCAUGUGUAUGUGUGUUGGGGUUUGGUCUGAAGAGACUCACAGAGAUUUUUAUGUCUGUGGAGAUUCUAAUAAUUAAUGGCACAGGAUUCCCCAUCAUUACAUUUGGGUAGUAAUGCAGUCACUGGACAGUAAAUAUUCAGUGGACCAAAGUGGGGUUUUGGCUAAGCUGCUGCAGCAGUACAAAGCAAAACAGAGUGGUUAAAUCUCUCAAACUUUUACUGAAUAGGAGCUUCUGACAGCCCCACAUAGGACAUUUCAGCUCUGCAAAAAGCUUUUUCACACAAUAAAGUACCUAACACUGUUUGUAAGUCAGUUAUUUCAUACAAAGGACAGUGAGUUUAGAACCAUCCGAAGUGCCAUUGGAGGAUUCUGAUUUCUGCCUUGUACUUGUUACACUCCUGCUUAAAGCAAUCCUAAGAAUUCACAUGGAAACAGUAUCAAGUGAGAUUCAUUUAAAACUUCUCGCAUGUUUUCAGAAAAACAACAGACAGAAAGGAAAACUGACAGUAUUUGUAUCACAUUGCUCUGAUUAUGCUAUCAAUUAAUAUAAAUUAGCCUUGCAGUGGUUUUUCUUUCUAUGCCUUUUGCCAGUGUAGGAGAAAAACUAUGGUACUACUGAACCUCUGCUCUCUGAACCUGAGCAGCAUCUCAUGGGAACAGUGUUAACCUGAGACUCAAGUGUUUUUAUUUUGCUUUUAAAAUUGGCAUCCUCUAGAAAAUUAAGCUUAGUUAAUCCACCUAUGAGUCCAAAGUUAGAGUGGUGUAACACACCAAGUCAUUUAUUUCAUUAAGCAUUAAAAUGAGCUUUCUUGUUUUGACUGAAGCAAAGACCUUUGUAAUCAUUAUUUCUUCCAUAGAAAGAAUCCUAGAAUGCUGUGGAGUUAGAUGAAAAGAAAUUAAGAGUUUUGUGCUUUUAAAUAAUAAUUAAAAAAAAAAAACAAGUUACCUUACAUGACUCUAGAUGUUCACUGAAAAGCUCAUAUUAAUCUUAACUUUCUCAAGAAGAGUGUUUGUUUUAAAAACAACAGUUUGUAAAUAUGUAAUGCCCACUAAAGAAGAUAGAGCCAGCUUCCUGGAAACUGCAUCUGUUGUGUUUCUUUUCCACAGGCAUGUUGAGCCAGCAGGUUUGUUGGGUUACCCAGUUCUGUAACAAAGCAGAGAUAAUCCAGACAAAAGGGAUGGUGAAACCUUGUUUGGGUGCCUAGGGGAGCACCCCAAAUUUAAUUAUCCAUUGGGUUGUAGAGAUGAAAGAGUGCUCGUGCCUCAUCUACAGAGUUUUAUUUCUAUGUAACCACAAGCUGAAAGAAAUCAAAGUUAAGCAAACCUCUAUCCAGCAAGAGUAAAGGAAAAACUAAUCCUGAUGAGGGAAAUCAUGAGCCCACAAGGGCAAUAUAUAUUUUCACUGUACAGCAGUGAAUGGAAUUACUCAUUCAGCCCUCUGCUAUGGUACAGUAAUAACCUCAUCAUGACUGCUCACACAUCUGAGUUUGCCUAAAUACAUGACUCAAAGGGAGUCAAAAGGCAGCCUGUGGUGAUUACCACAUGAGCAGAAGUUUUUUCCAUGCUGGACAAAAUACUCUUUGAAACCCAAGUAUAUGGCCCUUCAAAGGCAAAAGCCUUGAAGAGUAGAUCACAUUAGCUGUGAAAAUCAGUGCAGGUAGAUUUCUAGCCUAGGUGUCUGUGAGUUCACUCACUAGUCAGAUUGCUAAAGCAACUCCCUCUGCAGCUCCAGCAAUUCCCACUGCAGGAAGGUAAAUAAGUUUCACACUGGGAAAAGUCAAGCAUAUAAAAGCCACUUCAACUUUAGCAAAGAGAAAAAGCCAACAAGUAAACAUGCUGUAUGCUGGGAUGUCAAGGAAUACAGUCUGCUGUAACAAACCUGUGUUUUUUCUGGUAAUUCUAGAGCCUGUUACCAUGAAAGAGGCAUUUCUUGAAUGGCUGGUGGUAGGUAGUUCAUGUUUUUCAAUCCGAUUUGCAAUUGUAUUUGUUGCUGUAUAGUGAUUGUUUUGCAAAAUAAACUCGCUUGU